AUGGCUGGAUCUAGAGGAGGGGAACUCAAGGCACCAAUCUUCAAUGGUGAAAAUUUUGAUUUCUGGCAAAUCAAACUGAAAACCAUUUUCCGUUCGCACGACCUAUGGGAUAUUGUGGAGAAUGGGUACAACACUCCGAAGAAAGAGGAGGAGGAGCUCACGAAGGCAGAGAGGAAGCUGAUGCGUGAGAACGAGGUGAAGGACGCUAGAGCUCUGAGUAUUAUCCAAGGGGCUGUAUCAGAUCAAUUUUUUCCAAGAAUAGCAACCCAGGAAACUGCAAAGGCUGCGUGGGAUAUUCUGAAACAAGAAUUUGUUGGUGAUAAUAAGGUAAGAUCCAUGAAACUUCAGAGUCUUAGGCGUGAUUUUGAAUAUACUCGGAUGAAUGAUAAUGAAUCUUUGUCUGGAUAUAUUGCUAAGUUGUUUGAUUUAAUCAACCAAAUGAAGAGCUAUGGUGAGGAUCUGAGCAAUCAACGAAUUGUUCAGAAACUACUCAUUAGUCUGCCUAAAUCCUAUGAUAGUAUUGCAGCUGUGAUAGAGAAUACAAAAGAUCUAGACACUAUUGAUGCUCAGGAUGUAGUUGUCAUUUUAAAAGGAUAUGAGCAGAGGCUUGAUAGGCACGGUGACAAUAGUGCAGAGAAAGCAUUUGCUAGCUUAAACAUUGGAUCAAAGUCAGUUCGGUCUAAUGGUCACACCAGUAAGUCUCAGAAGAAUGUCAAACCCAAGAAUGAGAGAGAUAAGAAAAAAGACAAGGGUGGAAGAGGCAAUGACUUCGGCAUCGUUGGGAAUAAUAUUACGGGGAAAAAAUCGGAGAGAGUAGGAAUUUUCGAGUUUGGCAGCACCCACAUCUACAAAGGCCACGGGAAAGAAAAACUAGCCGACUCCGGUGGAGAAACUGACUCGGCAUCCAUUACUGAUGAAGACGAAGCAGAACUGAUGACUCACUGA